GACAUGGCGGGCUACCCUCACAUCCGUUACAUUUCAUCGGGAUUGGAUGGAACAUCAUUCAGAGGCCCUUUCAGGGGCAAUUUUGAGGAGCUGAUUCACUUGGAGGAACGAUUAGGCAAUGUUAAUCGUGGAGCAACACAGGGAACUAUAGAAAGAUGCACAUAUCCACACAAAUACAAAAAGAGGAAACUGCACUGCAAACAAGAUGGGGAGGAAGGAACAGAAGAAGACACAGAGGAAAAGUGUACCAUCUGUUUGUCUAUAUUGGAGGAAGGUGAAGAUGUCAGGCGCCUUCCCUGUAUGCACCUUUUCCACCAAGUAUGUGUAGAUCAGUGGUUGAUUACUAACAAGAAGUGCCCCAUUUGCAGAGUGGACAUUGAGGCUCAACUGCCUAGUGAAAGUUGACAUCGCUUUCCAGAACUCUUGUCCUCCCUCUCGCUCCCUCUCAUCUUUCCUGGUACUGCAGUCAACCAAAGAUGGCAUGACUUACCUGCGCAGAUUUGGAAGCAUUGAACCUAGAGUGCUGGCUCUGCUAUAUGGUACAACUAAUGCUAGACCUACAGUUUAUGUAGAAGACAGUUGAGUUUCAGUGUAUUUAUAAAACUAUUUUUUAGGUUUUACAUUUUUUCUUUUAAUUCAUUACUGUAUUUUUGCAUGGUUCCUUGUAUUGCAUUUGUUUGCACAUAUUAUGGGCUUUGUGACCCCAAACUUGCAGGCAAGAUUAGCUGCUUUAGUAAGUAGAAUUGUGUGGUCUCUUUUUUUGGUUUGUUUUACAUAGUAUCGAGCUUUGAAAGUAUGAUUUCACUCAUUACUAACCUCGGAUUCCUUAAUUUAAUCGUUCAUAUAUUUUAGUUUAAAUGUAUAAAGAUCAUCUAGAAAAGGAUAAUAUUAUGUAUUGAGACAUUCCUUAAUUAGGAAAAAAUGGCUGCUGUAUAUUUACAAUAUCAGUUCUGAGUCAAAUAACAUCCUUAAUACUGGGAACAGAAUAUGAACUAUAUUCAGUUUGACUGAUACAUAUAGCAUACUCGUCACCAGAGUUUUUGUCUGAUCAGAUUUUUGUGUUCAUUUUUAAAAUUUCAGCACAAUGCAGAUAUAUUUGAAUGUCAAUAUUAAACAUUUAGACUGCUGUUCAGAUUGUAUUUAUCAUUUUCUUCCUAUAUCUAGAAAUUUGAAUCCCUAACUUAAAUAUUUGCUGCUGUGAAACAGCUCUAGUGAACACUAAAUGUUGAUUUCAGUUAGCUGGAUUGUAGAUACUUGCAGGUUGAAAGAAUUAUUAGGGAAAUGGAAAAAGAGCUUAGAAUAUCUUUGGUCUUCUGCUAACUUAAGUUGAAGUAUCUGCGCACAUUGAGGGGUUUUUUGUUUUUUUAAUAUAAAACCAUUCAGUAAGGACUUAGAGCUGCAGGAUCUUUGGUUUUUGGUGGGGUUUUGUUGUGUCUUGGGGUUUGUUUUAUUUUGUUUUCUGAGGGGUUUUUUUGGCAGAUAUACAUGCAUUCACAGAACUUCUAAGUAUUCCAGGCUUGUCUUGGGGUUUUUAUUAGUUUUAAAGUUAAUAAAGUUAGCUAAAUCCACUUGUCUCUUGUUUUAUUUUUCAUUAGUAAAUUGAAAGCCUGUAAAUUUCUGUAGAAACUAAGACACAAAUUAUGUGGUUACCUAGUUUUUGCCUUGAUCAUAGAUACCCUCUUUAUAAAUUACCAACAGUCCAUCACUGAUUGAAAUAUUUUCUAUAGUUAAGAUUUGCUGCGUAAUAUAGUAUAUAGAAUUAAGUUAUAAUGUACUAACAUUUCGCCUUUGGAGGUUUUAAUCCACAUCAGGAUUCAAGUUGCUCAUCAACAUUCUUUCACAUAUAAUAGAUUAUAGUUUAUUUAAAUGUGCUCAACAUUGCAAAAUGCAAAUGUGCAAAAACAUUGAGACAGUAUUACUGUCACUUUGGGAAAGAUGUUCCUCGGGGAUCGUAUAUGAACAUGUCAACACGCUUGCAUUAAGCCACCUGCUUUGUAAGUGGAUUGAAUAAUAAAUACCUUCAGUUUCUCUUGUCUUUGUCUUUCAUAAUCAGAUUAAGUGUAAAAUGGUUUACAGUAAACCUAGAAGAUGAACUGUUAUGUUUACACUAAAAAAGUGAUCCAUUUAUAAAUAUUACCUUAUCUAAUUUGAUGCCUGUUUUUGUCUGGUUAAAGCUGCUUCCCUUUUAUUUUUUUUUUUUUUAAUCUGUUAGGAGUAGCAUUUGCCAGUGCAGUGUGUAUUGCUGGCAACAAACUUAACACCUCUGGCACUGAGGCUUUAAGUGGAGAGAAAUUUUAUUCCAGCAUGUGUGAUAAAUGGACAUUUUCAAGCUUAAUUGCAUUGCUAAAACUGAACUUAAAACCACUUUGUGCUUGUACGAUGGGGGAUAUGGGAGAGAGGCAACACACAGUUUGACUGCUUCAAAACUUGACAUGUUUUUUAUGCUAAACCUUCUUGAAUAUUAUGGCUGUAGGAGACUGAAAGUGAGUAUGAAGUUGAAGCUGCGUUGGUAAAAAUUAAUAAAAGCAACUGGAAGGACCGAACAGACACUUUCUGUUCUUCAGUGACUGUUGAAAAGGAGGGAUGUUAGUUGACCACUGAUGCUUGAAGUCUGAUGAUACUCACUUUUAAAAGUUUCCAAGAAGGUAUUUGAGAGAUGUGGGACAAAAAAAAAACCAGGCCUCUGAAAUAAUUGAGACCCUGGGUAUGUGAUAGAAUCUAUUUUGGCUUCCUUACAGGGCAAAGAAGCACAGGUCUGGGGGAUUAUUUUUUUUUUAAUUAGGAAAUAUUUUAUGCACCUGAUUUGGGUGCCUGGUACUUAGAGGUAUUUUAGUGGUCCAUGAAUUGACUUGUUUUAUAACUGCUGCUGAUACUGUCUUGCUUUUACGUGUAUGCAUAACAUUGUAAUGUGAUGUUGAACACUUAGGUAUUUGCCAAGAAUCACAGUAUUCUGAUCUUACAUGCUAUUGCAGGGGCUAAUAAAGCUGCAGCCUACUUCUAUUCCAGAAAGUUGUGACUUAACCAUAAUUUAAAGGAAGGAAAAAGAAUAGGUGUUUGAUUUUGAAAUCUCCACCACUUACUGUGCUUUAUAUGCUUAGAUGCAUUGCCUUAAGUUUUCUGCAGCAUCUUUGAAGAUAAGAUUCUCAACAGUAUGCAUCAAAUUACUUUUCAUAUUAAAAUUCCAUUGUCGAAAGAAAUCCUUUUGUAUGCAAUAAAUAAAAUGUUAGACUGGUAUCAU